GCUCAAGGACAUUAUGAAAUGCCUCUUCCGUUCAAACAACGGCCAUACUUACCUGAUAACAGAGAGCUUGCCAAGGUCAGACUCAAUCAUUUGAACAAGAAAUUCUGUAGAAACUAGAAAUAUAAGACAGACUACAUUGCUUACAUGAAUGACAUCAUUGAAAGAGGUGAUGUAGAAACAGUGAAUGAUGAUGGAACUGUUGGCGAAAAGUGGUACAUACCUCAUCAUGGCAUCUACCAUCCAAAAAAGCCAGACAAGCUACGUGUCGUUUUUGAUUGUUCCGCAAAAUUCAAAGGCACAAGUCUCAACGAACAUUUGUUACCAGGACCAGACAUGAUAAACAAUCUCACCGGAGUCCUUGUUAGGUUCAGAAGGCAUCCUAUAGCUGUAAUAUGUGACAUCGAAAAAAUUUUUCACCAGUUUCAUGUCCAGGAAAAUGACCGAGAUUACCUGCGCUUCUUAUGGUGGAAAAACGGAGACACAAAUUCAGCGCUUCAAGAUUAUCGGAUGAAAGUGCAUCUUUUCGGCGCGGUUUCUUCGCCUGGUUGCGCAAACUAUGGACUAAGAUAUCUAGCCAGUGAGCAUAGUCAAUCAUACCCAUUAGCCGCUCAGUUCAUCUUAAGAGACUUCUAUGUUGAUGAUGGAGUCACAAGUGUAGAGACGGUGGAAAAGGCCAUUCAGCUGGCAAAGGAAGCACGGGAGUUGUGCAUAAAGGGAAGUCUUCGACUUCACAAGUUUGUGUCAAAUGACAACACUGUUCUGCAGAGCAUACCAGCAUCAGAACGUGCUGUAAACUUUGAAACAAAGGAUCUUACCUUCAAUGACAUGCCACUUGAAAGAGCGCUGGGAAUUCAUUGGAACAUACAGAGUGAUAGCUUCCAAUUCCAUAUCCCACUAAAAGGUCAACCUACAACACGUCGUGGCAUAUUGUCAACGGUUGCCUCCAUAUAUGAUCCUUUGCGCUUUGUAGCUCCCUAUGUUCUCAAUGGUAAGAGGAUCCUACAAGAAAUGUGUCACCAGGGUACAGGCUGGGAUGAUCCACUUUCCCUUGCUCUUAGCCCAUGGUGGGAGAAAUGGCAGAAUGACUUUGUCAAUCUGGAAAAGGUGGACAUAUCACGAUGCUAUGUGCCUGCUGAUUUCGGUAAAAUUGUAAAAACGGAAAUACAUCAUUUCUCUGAUGCAAGUACCUGUGGUUAUGGUCAGUGUUCUUAUCUGAGAGUAAUCAAUGAGAAGGAUGAGAUUCAUUGCACUUUCCUCAUUGGCAAAGCCCGGGUUACUCCUGUAAAGAUUACUACAAUUCCAAGGUUAGAGUUGACGGCAGCAGUGGUAUCAGUCCAAAUGAGCAAUAUGCUCAGAGAAGAGCUUGACCUCACCAAUGUCAAUGAAUUCUUUUGGACUGACUCAAAGGUGGUCUUGGGUUACAUCAAUAACGACGCCUGUCGUUUUCAUACGUUUGUAUCCAACAGAGUCCAAAAAAUACGCCAAAGCACAGCACCCAAACAAUGGCUAUACGUCCCAACAGAUGAUAACCCAGCAGACAAUGCUUCAAGAGGAAGAACAAUAAAUGAAUUGCUCUCGUCCAACUGGUUCUCAGGUCCUUCAUUCCUGUGGAAGAAAGAAAUAGAGACCUCAAAUGUUGUACCGGAGCUUCCAAUAGGAGAUCCAGAAGUUAAAAAGAUCCAGACGUUUCAAACAGAAACCACAGAAAGUAAACAUCUUGUAGACCAUUUGUCAAAGUUCUCAUCUUGGUCUAAUGCUGUGAAAGCUAUUGCACGCCUUGUGAGACGGAUUAAGAAGGAUAAAACUAAUGCGCCAGCUUCUGUAGGUGAACAGGAACAUGCAAAAGGCUUGAUUCUAAAAGGAGUUCAAAAACAAGCAUAUCAGAAAGAAAUGGAUGUCCUGAGUCAAGGAAAACAACUUCCAGGUUAUAAUAAACUUCAUCACCUGGACGCCUUCAUAGACCUUCAUGGUAUGAUCAAGGUGGGAGGAAGACUUAUCCACUCAUCAUGCACUCACUUUUUCAAGCACCCACUGAUCCUUCCUAAAGAUCAUCAUGUAACAAAGUUGAUUAUUGCACACUAUCAUGAAAGUGUAAAGCAUCAAGGAAAGGGUUUCACAAUUAAUGCAAUCAGAUCUUCCGGCUAUUGGAUACCUGGAAUAAACAGAGCUGUCACAUCUUACAUUCGCAACUGUGUACCUUGUAGAAGGUUGAGAAAACCUGUGGAAGGCCAGCGGAUGAGUGAUCUUCCCACAGAACGUGUAGAGCCUUCCCCACCGUUUGUGUAUUGUGGUAUGGAUUGCUUUGGUCCAUUCAUGACUAAAGAAGGAAGAAAACAGCACAAAAGGUAUGGUCUGCUUCUAACUUGCUUUUGUUCAAGAGCCAUUCAUAUAGAAAUGUUAGAAGAUAUGUCCACAGAUGCUUUCAUCAACAGUUUGCGAUGCUUUAUUGCAAUUCGAGGCACAGUACGGCAGAUCAGAUGUGACCAAGGUACCAAUUUCGUUGGCGCAAAAAACGAACUGAACUCAGCAUUACAGCAGCUUGACCCAGAAAGGCUCACCGCUUUCCUUGCAGAUAAACAGUGUGAUUUUGUAAUGAAUCCCCCUCAUUCCAGUCAUGCAGGUGGUGUAUGGGAGCGUCAAAUCAAAACUGUACGGAGUGUUCUUAAUGCUACAGUUUCCCUCUCAUCAGGCAGGCUUAAUGAUGCUUCACUGCGCACUUUAUUUUAUGAAGCCAUGGCGAUAGUCAACAGUCGCCCCCUUACAGUGGAUAACCUGAACAACCCCAAGAGCUUAGAACCACUCACACCUAACCAUCUGAUUACCAUGAAAGCCACCACGGUCCUACCACCACCAGGAAAGUUCAUAAGAGAAGACAUCUACGGGAGAAAGAGAUGGAGACAGGUGCAGUACCUUACUGAACAGUUUUGGAGUAGAUGGAAAAAAGAGUAUCUCCACAACAUUACGGCUAGACAAUGCUGGCAUGCUCCAAAAAGGAAUUUGCAGAUUGGUGAUGUGGUCAUGGAUACAGAUGAGAACCUUCCAAGAAAUGAGUGGAGACUAGGACGUGUCAUAGACACUGUAACUAGCCAAGAUGGACUAGUAAGGAGAGUCACAAUAGCACUCGGUGACAAAAAACUAAACAAAAAAGGAGAACGGGUAAACAAGGUCUCAGUCGUAGAGAGACCAGCUCAGAAGUUGGUCUUAUUAUUGGAAGCGGAGUGAACAAAUCAAGUUAAAAUUACUUAUGUUUGAAAAUUAUGCAUGUCAAAAUAACAUUUAUAAUUUGGUGGGAGUGUAACAGACUUUCUGUGAGUUUAAAUGGGUUUAAGAAAUGCAUUAUCUGUCUUACUAAAGAGGGACUUUUAUUUUGACGGGUGUUGUAGUCUACAGGGAAGGAAAGGGAGAGCACGCAGUUCAAGUUCAUCAGAGUUGUGUCGCAGAUAACGUUUGCAACUUUAAGCACCCCCCGAAAAUGCAUAAGGUCUGUAUAUAUUUGAUAACUGUUUGUUGUAAUGACUGUUUUGUGUAAUUCACUGUAUGUUAAUGAUAGAGGUUUGAACUAGUCUGUAAUUCGCGCUUCUUGUACUUUGUUGGUUUAGCUCUUACGGUGAUUCUUGGAGUCUUACGGUGAUUUUUGAGUGAAAACGGACUCAAUAAACUUCAUUAACAUC